AUAUAUCCUUAGGUUAGUGAAAAUUUGUUUGGAGAAAUGAUCCAGAAGCUUCGGAGCAGCUUGGGAACAAACGUACACGGGAAACAUGGCAGACGAGGCUUUGAAACUGAAGGAGCAAGGGAAUGCUGAAUACAAGAAGAAGAAUUUAGAUAAAGCCAUUGAACUCUAUACCCAAGCCUUUGAAAAAGAUGGAACUAACAUCUCGUUUAUCACAAACAGAGCUGCUGCACAUUUUGAGAAAGGAGAUUAUGCGUUAUGCAGGGAGGAUUGCUUGAAAGCAGUAGAAGUUGGCAGGGAGAAUCGAGCUGACUUUAAAAUGAUUGCCAAAGCUUUUUCAAGAAUUGCAUCGUCAUAUACCAAAGAAGAUGAUCUAAAAAAUGCAAUGCUUUAUUACGACAAGUCUCUCGCAGAGAAUAGAAUCCCAGAUACACUGAAGAAGAGACAAGAGGUUGAGAAGAAGUUAAAGGAAGCAGAGAGAUUGGCCUAUAUCAAUCCCGAGAAAUCAGAGGAAGAGAAGGCUUUAGGGAAUGCUGCAUUUAAAAAAGGUGAUUACCCGACAGCCAGGAAACAUUACACCGAGGCUAUCAAAAGGAAUCCAAGUAAUAGUAAACUCUACAGCAACAGAGCUGCAUGCUACACGAAGCUAGCAGAGUUCAGACUAGGUCUGGACGAUUGCGAAGAAUGUAUCAGAUUGGAUCCUACAUUCAUCAAAGGUUACCUCAGGAAAGGAACAAUUCUAAUGGGUUUGCAUGAUUAUACCAAAGCUAGCUCAGCAUUUCAACAGGCACUGGAACUUGAUAGCAAUAAUAAGGAAGCCCGAGAUGGGGUGUAUAAGUGCUCAACCUACUCCAUGCCAACAGAAGGAAUGAGUGAGGAGGAGAUCAAGAUGAGAGCUAUGAAUAAUCCAAGGGUUCAGAAGAUCAUGGAAGAUCCUGCCAUGAGAAUGAUUCUUGAUCAGAUGCAAAGUAACCCAGGGGCUGUCACAGAACAUUUACAGAAUCCUGAGAUCGCAGCUAACAUUCAAACCCUUAUGGAAGCUGGUCUUAUUAAACUAUCAAAAGGUCCAGCAAUAUAGAUAACACCUCUUAGUCUUAUACACCAAUUUGUAUAGUCUUGUGUGGUAUAUGUUAUUCCUGUAACCUGGAAGUUCUGCUGCUCGUAAAGUAGUAGAAAUUACGAAACCUCCACCCGGGGAAACUGUUUCAGACUUGUCCUGCUUCAAGCCAUUCACCAUAAUCAAUUCAAGCUACUCAAAUUUCAAUUUAAGCUACUCAAAAUUACCCAUCCAGGGUAAUUGUUUCUUAUUAGUCCUGCUUCAGGCCAUUCAUCAUCUUCAAUUUAAGAUACUCAAAAGUUGGUUUUUAAUAAUAUCAUUGAUACAUGCAAAGCCAGUUAAUACGAUUUAUUUGACUCAUGUCCCAUGCAGCAUUAUAUUGAGAAGUCAUUUCAUCAAAUUUCUGAGCAAAGCUGCAUUAUCAUGGAAAUAUUUUUCUGUAGACAAGGGAUAAAGUCAUGAAUUUGUUUGAUUUUGCUUUUGUCUCAAAUUAUUUCUCAGGUUUAUUUAUAGAUUGUAAUCUUAUUAUAUAAGUUUAUGUUUGUAGCUGAUAUCCUAUUUUUGUGAGAAGGGCUUUUAACUCGGCGACGGUACAAACUUGAUCUUUUGUUUUAAAUGCAUCAUUUUUGUGUACUUUGACUAUGGGUUCAAAAGUUCAAAUGGAUCAAGAUUUAAAGUCUUACAAAUAUAAUUUGUAAUAUUCAUCAUCAAAUGAUAAUAAUUACAUUGAAUUAUGCAGUGCACACGCUGUCCAUAGACGCUCAUGUGGCUAGCCUGGCAACAGUUCUCUUGUAUAUCACAAGCUUUAAACAGAUUUGGCAAAACUGCCAAAGCCAAUCUUUCAUAGGUUGAAUAACGGCCGAAGUUGCUUACAUCAGAAUUUGCCAAACACGUUCAAUAAAUCAGUUAGAUUUCUCUUAAUUUGAGCAGAUACCUGUUUCUGAAAUAUAUAUUUACAGAUUAUAAUCCCAUCCUAAACUUGGUGGGUUGCAUUUGAUACUAGUAAGCAUUCAGGGAUAAGAAAAAACUAAUGUGUGUUAUAUAACUCAAAUAUUGCCUCUCUCUAGUUUAACAGCAUGGUUGCGCAGUUAUGAACGGCAAUAUCCGUGGAAUUCAGAGGAAUCUAUCAAACAGUGUAUUAUUAGUCGGUAAAGGAUCAUUUAUGUAACCCCAUACUUGUAUUAAGUAUGCAGAAUUUUAUCCUGUAUUUUACUUCUUUUUAUUAAUUUCAUGGUCCCCAAAAAUGAAGAUCAUUCCAAAUGCAUGUUCUGUACAGUCCCCUAUUUUCAUUGAAAUCAAUCUUUUUGUACUAGGCAUCUCACUUCCACGUUUGACAAGAAGUAGUUGUGAACGGAAUCAAAGAUAAUCUUUUGUUGAUUAAGGGAAUAUGGGACGAGGUAAUUACACUGAAGAAGAAUGGCUACCAGAUGGUACUUGGUACUUGGUGCUAGGAUAGAGACUGCUAUGUCAGACAUCAUCACUCAUAAUUUCUCUCUGCAUAAAACCUGAAUCUUUUUUUUUUCUCAUGAUGUAGGCUUGGCACAGGGACCAUUCCUUCCAGUACCUAAAUGACAAUGAAAUGUUUGGAACAAGAUAGCUUGUGCAAAAACAAUACAGAAACAGAUCAAAGAAA